CGCGCCGCCUGCCCGCCGGCCAUGAGGGGAGGGCGGCGGCGGGGCGGCGCCGUGGGGGCCAUGGCCGACGGCAACGCUGACUGGAUGGGCUCGCUGCCGCCCCCGCUGCGCUCCCUGCCGCUCUCCAACCUCGCCAUCCCGGGAUCACAUGAUUCUUUCAGCUACUGGGUUGAUGAGAAAUCUCCUGUGGGACCAGACCAAGCAACAGUCAUCAAACGUUUGGCCAGAAUUUCCUUGGUUAGAAAGAUCAUGAAGAAAUGGUCAGUAACUCAAAAUCUAACUUUUAAAGAGCAGUUGGAAGGUGGGAUCCGCUACUUUGAUCUUCGUGUAUCUUCCAAACCCGGGGAAAUAGGACAAGAGAUUUACUUCAUACAUGGCUUAUUUGGCAUCAAAGUAUGGGACGGGCUGAAGGAGAUGAAUGGUUUUCUUGAGCAGCACCCCAAGGAAGUAAUCUUCUUGGAUUUCAAUCAUUUCUAUGCCAUGGAGGACAGCCAUCACCACUUCUUGAUCAACAGGAUCCACUCAGCAUUUGAAUCCAAACUUUGUUGUGUUGAAUGUGUAGAAUAUGUGACACUACUGUACAUGUGGGAGAAGAAACACCAGGUUCUCAUAUUUUACCACCACCCUUUAUAUCAGGAAUAUCCCUUCCUAUGGCCAGGUAAUAAAAUGCCAGCACCAUGGGCUAAUACAACUAAUGUGCACAAACUGCUACAGUUCCUGGAGACCACACUUGGGGAACGAAGUCGUUAUGGGGCUUUCCAUGUAUCUCAAGCAAUUCUCACACCUCGAGUGAAAACGAUUGCACGGCAUCUAAUUCGUGGUCUGAAGAACACACUUGUUCAUAGGAAUCUGCCCAUGAUUUUGAAUUGGGUGAAAGCACAGAAGCCUGGUGUUAUGGGUGUUAACAUAAUUACCUCAGACUUUGUGGAGCUGGUUGACUUUGCUGCUACAGUUAUUGCGUUGAACGACCUCCUUUUAGAAGAGGACGAAUCUGCAACUUAAAUCCUGAUUGCUGUGCUCCACUUGUGCUCCUUAGUGGACAUCUUUGAACUGUGCUAAAUGUUUUACUUUUCAAGUGAAACCUAUUGUAAUCUCUCUUUAUGAAAAAAGUUUCCUAGAGGAAACGUGGUUAAACAUCCCGUACAGCCAGGUCCCUUCUCCUGGUGUCGUGUGGACCUGAGUGAAUCACCGCGUGCUGUGUGAGUGCUGCUGCGUCUGUCUGUGUGUGUGUGCUCUGUUUGGCUGAGCUGUGCACACAUCUGCUGCAGACAGGGGCUGGCCUGUGGAGCAGAUGUACCCCAUUGUGGUGCACAUCUCCCUGGUGACCGUGCUCCCAGCACCCCUGUGUGUGCAUCCUGCCCACUUCCCAUGGCCAGGGCUCACGCCAGGGAUCGCUGCUGAUCCCGUGGCAGCAUGACCAGGCUGGCUGGGGCAGCAUUGUUCUUGGGCCACCUCAGGCAUGGCUGGGCUCAGCUGGAGGCUGCUGCUGUGUUCAUUAUGCUGUUUUAGACACUACCUCUGACUUACUUGAGAAGACAAUACUGCUGUUGUUCAGGGAGAAGCUGUUAGCACUGUUAAAUAUCCAAACUGUCCUUUGGGCCUCAGAGGUGAAGGCUUGGCACAAUCUUUCUUCUCUACCUCUUUAUGUUACUUUUUUACUUCAGUACAUUUAUUGCAACCGUGUUUAAGUGUGUUUCUUUUGGCAUUAAUUUGGAGAAUAUUUCAGUCUUCAAAUUUUGAGGUUUAGAACUCAAGUCUGAAUUCCUGUGUCCUGUGACAUACAGGAAGCAUUAAUUUUCCUGAAUUCCUGGGACAUUUAGGAAACCACAGCAUAACCUUUCUCUUUUACCUGUUGGUCACUUGGGUUUUUUUAAUCCAUUAGUUUUUCUUCGGGGAAAGUCUCUCACCCAGGCAGCCCUUCUCUCAAAGGAGGGUGGGCCAAGUGGGGGCUUGCUCAAUAUUCUAAGAACUGGAGCUGACAGGGACUACUCAAAGCCCAAAUACUGGAUCACCGGUUUGUGAUGGGACAGUGAAUUCUGCAGUCCAGCCUGAAAGUUGUGCUUGUAGACAGAGAGCCACAGCCAUUAAUGGAGACAUUUCUCCAGCCUUCACCUGCUUGUGACAGAGUUAGCAAUAGUCACACAAGCACAGGCAGGUGUCAGUACUGCUUCUUUCUGUAGUCAUACUCAUUUUUGUGCUGGUUCACAGUGAAAUGUGACCAUGUGUUUGAGCCAAUGCAAUCAUAUGUUGGUACUUAUCAGCACUUAAUUUACUAGCUGAUAGUAUCCUAUGGUCUGAUUUAUCUUCAUUGUGGUUUUGGUUUUUUUAAAAAAGCACAAAAGGGACUGAAUAGCAGAUACUUCUCUGCUCAAUCAUCUUCCUAAAGCAAGUUUGGUGCUUUAGUGCACCAAUUGCACUAAAAUUGUGCAAUAUUAGUGCACUAAUUAUUCACUGAUUAUGAAUUUGUAUUUAUCUCUAAGCUUAUUUAUUAUAGACUGGAUUGUCUUUAUACAUAUUUUAUUCAAAGGAAAAAUAAAUCUCCAGAUUUAUUAUUUAUUUUGUUGUUUUAUCCUGUAUCUGCCAUCAUGAUCUAACAGCUGUGAAAAAAUCCCAACUUUCUUUGUUUGCUUGUCACAACUCAGGAGAAGUUUAAAGGUUUGCAAACCUUCCAUGUGAACCUUGGCCGAGUUCAGAGCAGACUGUAAUCUGAUUUAUCUGUUGUUUGCAUGGCUUUCAUUAGAGUUCCUUGAAUUUUUUUGACUGAAUCAUUUCUUGAAGGGAGUUGAGAGUGGGGGAAGUGCCUGUUACUCACUGUCUUUCUCCUUUCCUCUUGUGUUUUAGUGAUAGGGGACAAGUCAUAAAAAUCAGGGUUUGGGAACUGUGCUCAAAUUUCUAGUUUAAUGCUUCCUUUUAAAACCACAGCAGAAGGUUUUUAUUGGGGUGUUGUUGUUGUUGUCGUAAUUGUCAGAACCUGUUUUGAACAGUUCUGUUCAGUCUGCAAGUUUAUUUAAAAUACCUGGAUUUUCCUUAGCGGAAUUGUGUUUACUAUUUUAUCUGUGGCCCCAGCUGAAACUACACAUGGGUUUGGUUUCAGUGGUUUUCUUCUGCAAAUUGUCUUAGUGCUCAGAGCCCAGCUGGGUAGAGCAUGGUGUUAACACCAAGGUUGUGGUGUGGGCCAUUCACUUAAGAGCUGCACUCAUGACCCUCACGGGUCCCUUCCAACUCAGAAUAUUCUGUGAUUCUGUAACUUGGCUUGAAUGCCAGUGAGACAGAAAUAAUACCAUUGCAAGGUUCCCUGCAGAACUGGAAGACAAAGCAAGGUGAAGUGAGUAUGCUGUUUGUAUUUGACCUUUAAUCUAUUUUGUACUGUGUGUGUAUAUAUAUGUGUGUGUAUAUAUAUAUAUAUAUAUAUAUAUGCCUCAAAAGAGAUUUAUUUGGCUUAACCAAUAUUUGUGUGUGCACAGUAAUGACUGUCAUUAGUCCUUCUGCUGUAUUUAUCUGAAUAGAGAUGGGAUGGGCUCAGGGCUUUGGUUAGAUAUUUUUAAGUGCAAACUCUGAAGUUUCUCUAACAUAUUUGCUGUUAGCUCUUGCCUCUUGAAAUAGAAAAUAACAUGCUGGGUGUUAAGAGUGUUAGCAGAGGGAAAAUAAAUGGAAAAUAGAUUUAGUAUUAAUGGCUAAGUAUGUGUGGGGGGAAAAUGUUUCUGUAAGUUUGGCCUGUCAGAAGAGACUCGUGUCAUUUCAGAGCAGUACUUGGUGCUGUGCUUCCACUGUGAGGAAUCUAAUGUUCUCAAAUGGUGAGUUGGGCAAUUGGCAGGUAACUCUUGUCAGUGACAUGACAUCUCCCUUGGCCUACUCUGGGCAUCGUUCAUGCUGGUGUUUAGAAUUGGUCCUAGGGUUGUCCUAAACCAUCCUAACUAAGCAGUGUGAACUACCUUUAGUCCGUUCUGUUACACAGAGCAAAGCUAUCCAUAUAAUAGGCUUAUCUUGCUUGCUCAACACCAAAACACAUCCAGACUUCCUCAUGCCUUGCCAAAUGGAUCUCAUCUAGGCUUGGACUUUGGCCUGUGGACUCUAUUUUCCAGCAUUGCAAAAUUAAAAGGUGAGCUGGGCAGCAAGGGAGGAUCAAGGAAGUAGGGCAGUAGUUUGCAUCCAGUGUCCACAUGGAGGGUGUGGCAGUGCUUAGCCCAGUUUUGGGCAGCACAGUGGAGCAGGUCUGGCAGGUGAGUGACAGUGCUGCAGCUCACACUGGCACACUUGGCCAAGUCUGGCCCCUGAGUAGUCUGCCCCUGAGAUUAGCAAAUAACAGCCUGCAAGGUCAGGAUGUGUGAACUUGAGGAGAACGAAGAUGAGUAUGAGCACAGGAGAAGGCUGGGGGUUCUUACUGCUGAUGUAGACGCACAUCUGGUGAAUACAGUGAUUUUAGUCUUGCUUGUAUAUCCCCAAAGCUGUAGAGUUCACUUUUAAACAGGCUGGGUAGAAAACUUCCUCAGAAGAAUUGUUCUGGCCUCUUGACCAUUUGGUAGGUGCUGGGAGAGGAGAAGUCAGAAAACAAGCAUCUGCUCGAAGCAAAGUACUUAAACUGUGUAUUCUUGAAUAAUUACACAUAUGGUUUGUUAUUAAAGAUUCAGGUUAGUUAUACACUGUGUUAUGACUGUUGUUUCUCUUCCUGGUGUGCAGUCCCUGAAUGCCAAGCACACUGGUGGCAUUCCUCUUCUCGCACUGAUUGCUGCUAUGUGCAAUUUAAGGGCAUAUUUGAGGCACAGUAGACCUCUGUGUGUAUCCCUGAUGGGAAGCAGUAGGGAGACGUUUGUUACGGAGCAUGUACAAGUUUUUAGCCUCUUAUUGUGUCCCGUAGAUGAAAACAAAAAAGAGUUAGUACUAGAUUUUGCAGACUGACAAUCUGUUGGCUUCUUACUUGGGGACUACUGUCAUAAUAUAUUGAACUGCAUAGGGAAAUGGUGGAGUCAUCAUCUCUGGAAGUGUUCAAAAAUGUGUGGAUGUGGCACCUGAGGAUGUAGUUUAGUAAUGAAAACAGCAGUGAUGGACUUGAUGGUCUUGGAGGUCUUGUCUAACCUUAACAAUUCUGUGAUUCAGAGCAGAAAUGCUGACUGCAAAAAGGCCCAUAUUCUGUUAAACGGCCUCUUUGGAGGAAAGAAUAAUGGGGAAAUGCUGCCUUAGCUCCUAGCACAUGCUGGGUUUUGAUGUUGUUGGUAUCAACUUAGCUGAAUGUUGGAGUUUAAAAAGCUGAAUUGUAAGGUUGAAGAAGCACUUUUGAGCAGGGAUUUUGGUUCAAACAGAAGCAGGACUUCUGCCAAGAUGCUUGUCUCUUCUCAUCUGGCUAAGCCUUUGGAAAUACUUUCUUUGCAUACUUGUCUCAGGUGUCAGAGUUCAUUGAUGUAUCAUUUAGCAGACAUGGGUUUAGGACUUAAAUAGAGAUAGAGGACAUGGAUAUUUUGAUUUAGAAUUGAGUUACCUAUGGAAGUCUGACUGAGCAUGUGUGACUUGAGGUUUACUUGAAUAUGCAGUAUUUAAUAUGAUGUCCAUAUGCUGUUUUCAUAAUACUUUCUUCUUGACUUGAACACAUAGUUACCAAUUCCUAAUAAGCAAAUUUUUCAGUCAGAGAACCACUGUUUGGGACAAAACUUCAGCAAAUUUUCAAUGCUUGUUAAAGCACAGAGAAAUUGUCUAAUGUGAGGACCAGAACUGACUCAAAAAUUCAUUUGAAGUAUAGAUCGGGUCUAAAUGCAGUCCUUUUGGCAGUGGGAAAUAAGAUUUUUCUUUUCUUCUUUGACAAAUUCUUAUUCCAGCUUUGGUUUUUAGCUCAACAGAUGGGUAGAAGAGCCAGAGCAUAUGGUGAAGAGCAAAUAAAUUUUAUGCUAAGGACAUGUAUGUAGGACUAACUGUGGUAAGAGUAUAGUGAUUUACUUACUGACACCUUUAAGGGUAAUCCUAUUAGCUCUUUGGUGUAGGUUUUUAAAUCAGUCUCUAUUUUGUAUUAAAAAUAAUCAGUCACUAAUUCAAUACAUCUGUUCUGUUGAGUGUGUUUACUUCUGUAUGUGUAUUUAUUUCUCCACAAGUCUUAUCAAGUAAACUUUUAAUUGUAGGGACUGGAAUAGGAAUGUCAGCUUUAGAACAGUGUGCUGAAUCUGCUUAUGUUGUAUCCCCGAAUAUUUAUGUAUUGUGUGUUGUCCAUUUAAACAGUACUUCUCUUACCCUUUGUUAGACCUGUGAUACCACCUACAUUGGACUUCAGUGUAUUCUUAAUUUUGAAAGAAGUGUUGAUCAGCACAUCCUAUAUAAAAACAAUUUAGAUGGUUCUUUGAUUUUUCUCAAUGUCAAAUGUAUUUUCCAGAUGGAUUUUUUUAUUUAUACUGUGGAAGGAUGCAAAGGGGGGACCAGGUGAAGAGGAGUUAUGAAUUCUCAGUCUUUAUUUUGUGCAGUUUGUCUUCUUUUUGCAGUUUGUGCUUUACCCAUCUGUCCAAUUCAGUUUUGUGAAACCAGGAUGCCUCAUCUGAACUGCAAAUAAAUUUGGGGUUUACAUCUGUUUCUUCUGCUUUAUAUCGUUGGGGGUUUUAAUCCUGAAAAUAAAAAGUACAACUCGA